AUGGCUGCAGCCGGGUGCGCGAGUCCGCCAUCGCUGCUCGCUUUGUUGGGGAGACGCUGCAAAAAGAGACCGUAUUAUUUCGAAGAUCUGGAGGAACAGCAAGAAACACUGAAACCGCGCAAGCUUUCAACUAGUGAGCAUCGGGUCAGUGCACCAGAGAGUGUGCUGGUAAAUAAUUCUGGAAGUUUCCGAGAGAAAAGUGCAUCUGCGAACUCUGGUUGCUCAACGGUGACCUCCAAGAAACGUGCACGAGAUUACACUGUCACUAGAUACGAUGCUCCAAGGAUGGUAAGUAUAUGCUACUGCUGCCUAGAUAGUGUAUACUGGAACAAACUGCACAAGGUUGAAGUUGUAAUCAACAUCCAUUGAGCGCAAUACUUACGCUGUCCACAAGAUGUUGUAUUUUGUCAGUACCCAUUCUUCCUUUCAAACCAUGUCACUAAUUACGUUCUUAAAUCAGAGGAUCUAGAUACAUUUUCUAACCUCUCUGGAUUACAACCAAAUUAUGAUAAAUGUACUAUAUUACGUAUUGGAUCACUAAAAAAUAAAAUUUUACAUUACCAUGUAGUUUACCAAUAAAAUGGGUGAUGGUGAUGUGGAUAUACUCGGAAUACAUAUCCCAAAUGAAAUAAAUGAUCUCACUUCAAUACAUUUUAAUAGAAAGUUAGCAAAAAUAGAUAAGAUCUUACUACCAUGGAAAGGAAAAUACCUGUCAAUUUGUGGAAAAAUCACCCUGAUUAAAUUAAACGGGCCUAUUUAUAUAAUGAAUAUGAAUUCGGAGGACAGAAAUGAUUAAAUAUUAAAGCAUUAGACCUAUCACUAAAAGCUUCAGUCAUACAAAAGUUAUACUUAAAUCUGAACUGGUUCUCUAGCAAAUUAGUAAAAUUGUCUCACCCAAUGUUCAAGAAUGGCCUUUUUCCCUUUAUUCAGAUUACAACCUCUCACUUUCAGUUAUUUGAAAAGGAAAUAAUCUCCCAAAUAUCACUAUUUCUAAAACAAGCCAUAGAAAGUUGGUUGCAAUUUCAAUUUAAUCCUCCAGAAACGACAGAACAAAUAAUGCAACAAAUAUUGUGUUGUGGAUUUUUGACCCAAAAAAAAAAAAAAAGGUAUAAUCUUCGUAAAUUAUAUUAUCGGUAGGACUGGUGGAGUUAUGUUGCACAUGCAGCUAACAAAAACAUAUGGAAAUGUCUGCUCUACCCAAAAUUACAACCAAAUAAUUGCAGCAUUACCGCAAAAAUGGAAAAGGAAAGUGGAAGGGGGGGAAAAGUAAGGAACUUGUCUGUCGGCCUUGGAUUAAAGAAUAUAAUUGUUUAAAGAAAUUUUUGAUAAAUAAAAAAGUAUACCAGUUUCAUUUAAGGACCAAAGGAUUGACAGCCGUCCCAUAUAGAUUGCAAAUUAGUUGGGAAUAGAUUUUUGACAUACCAAUUCCAUGGCAUAGUGUUUAUUAAUUGCACGCAAAACGAUGGCGGAUUCAAAACGUAUAAUUUUUCAAUUUAAAUUAUUUAAAAUUCUUGCUACCAAUAUAAUGUUAUUUAUAUGGGGGAUACAAUCUUCCCAGCUCUGCAGAUUUUGCUGUGAAGAGACAGAAUCAUUAGAUCAUUUGUUUUGGUACUGUCCCUUUGUAGCUUGUUUUUGGACACAGGUCCAGGAAUGGCUAAAGGAUUGCAAUAUUUACCUGGAGCUAACCCUGCAGAUAGCACUACUGGGUGAUCUGAAAAGUCAGUCAAUCGAUCAAUAAUAUAAUAAUACUUUUAGCAAAAAUGUUUAUAUUCAAUUUGCGAUCUGUAGAAACAAUGAUAAUAGAAAGGUUCAGAACUUUUGUAAAACAUCACAGUACAGUUGAAAAAGAUAUGGCAAAUAGAAUCCAAUAUGGAUGUUGUUUACGAGAUAGAUGGGAGGUGUUGAAUGGAGCUGAAGGAUGGGACUAAUAACAACAACUAAUAACAACAAGAUAACUAAUGUAAAGCAUACUGUGUCCAUAAUAAGUAUAUAUGUUAUAGGUUGAGAGCUUUUGUGAAAGAGCACAGUUAGAAAAAUAUGGCAUAUAGAAGCAAACCAGAUGGACAUCAUGAAAAUGAUCGGAGGAAGUUCAGGAGUAAAAACAAACAAAAUAUAAUUAUUGUAGAAUUUGACUGUGUCCAUAAAAUGUAUAUAGUAUGUAUGGGCUGGAAGUAGAGGUCUAAGCGUUGUUGUUCACUAGUUUACUCCAAUUGGGGAAGGGGUGGUAGGGUUGGAAAGUAAUGAAGGGAAAUAUAAUUUCAAAAAGGAUAUGUGUGUAUGGAUGGAUGUAUGUAUAUAUGUAUGUAUAUAUGUGUGUGUGUGUAUGUAUGUACAGUGAGGGGGAAAAAGUAUUUGAUCCCCUGCUGAUUUUGUACGUUUGCCUGCUGACGAAGAAAUGAUCAGUCUAUCAUUUUAAUGGUAGGUUUAUUUGAACAGUGAGAGACAGAAUAACAACAAAAAAAUCCAGAAAAACGCACGUCAAAAAUGUUAUAUAUUUGUUUAACAUUUUAAUGAGGGAAGUAUUUGACCCCCUCUCAAUCAGAAAGAUUUCUGGCUUCCAGGUGUCUUUUAUACAGGUAACGUGCUGAGAUUAGGAGCACACUCUUAAAGGGAGUGCUCCUAAUCUCAGCUUGUUACCUGUAUAAAAGACACCUGUCCACAGAAGCAAUCAAUCAAUCAGAUUCCAAACUCUCAACCAUGGCCAAGACCAAAGAAGUCUCCAAGGAUGUCAGGGACAAGAUUGUAGACCUACACAAGGCUGGAAUGGGCUACAAGACCAUCGCCAAGCAGCUUGGUGAGAAGGUGACAACAGUUGGUGUGAUUAUUCGCAAAUGGAAGAAACACAAAAGAACUGUCAAUCUCCCUCGGCCUGGGGCUCCAUGCAAGAUCUCACCUCGUGGAGUUGCAAUGAUCAUGAGAACGGUGAGGAAUCAGCCCAGAACUACACGGGAGGAUCUUGUCAAUGAUCUCAAGGCAGCUGGGACCAUAGUCACCAAGAAAACAAUUGGUAACACUACGCAGUGAAGGACUGAAAUCCUGCAGCGCCCGCAAGGUCCCCCUGCUCAAGAAAGCACAUAUACAUGCCCGUCUGAAGUUUGCCAAUGAACAUCUGAAUGAUUCAAAGGAGAACUGGGUGAAAGUGUUGUGGUCAGAUGAGACCAAAAUCGAGCUCUUUGGCAUCAACUCAAUUCGCCGUGUUUGGAGUAGGAGGAAUGCUGCCUAUGACCCCAAGAACACCAUCCCCACCGUCAAACAUGGAGGUGGAAACAUUAUGCUUUGGGGGUGUUUUUCUGCUAAGGGGACAGGACAACUUCACCGCAUCAAAGGGACGAUGGAUGGGGCCAUGUACUGUCAAAUCUUGGGUGAGAACCUCCUUCCCUCAGCCAGGGCAUUGAAAAUGGGUCGUGGAUGGGUAUUCCAGCAUGACAAUGACCCAAAACACACGGCGAAGGCAACAAAGGAGUGGCUCAAGAAGAAGCAUCUCAAGGUCCUGGAGUGGCCUAGCCAGUCUCCAGACCUUAAUCCCAUAGAAAAUCUGUGGAGGGAGCUGAACGUUCGAGUUGCCAAACGACAGCCUCGAAACCUUAAUGACUUGGAGAAGAUCUGCAAAGAGGAGUGGGACAAAAUCCCUCCUGAGAUGUGUGCAAACCUGGUGGCCAACUGCAAGAAACGUCUGACCUCUGUGAUUGCCAACAAGGGUUUUGCCACCAAGUACUAAGUCAUGUUUUGCAGAGGGGUCAAAUACUUAUUUCCCUCAUUAAAAUGCAAAUCAAUUUAUAAACAUUUUUGACAUGCGUUUUCUGGAUUUUGUUGUUAUUCUGUCUCUCACUGUUCAAAUAAACCUACCAUUAAAAUUAUAGACUGAUCAUGUCUUUGUCAGUGGGCAAACGUACAAAAUCAGCAGGGGAUCAAAUACUUUUUUCCCUCACUGUAUGUAUGUAUGUGUGUGUGUGUGUGUAUGUAUGUAUGUGUAUAUAUAUAUACACACACACACACAGUGGGGAGAACAAGUAUUUGAUACACUGCCGAUUUUGCAGGUUUUCCUACUUACAAAGCAUGUCGAGGUCUGUAAUUUUUAUCAUAGGUACACUUCAACUGUGAGAGACGGAAUCUAAAACAAAAAUCCAGAAAAUCACACUGUAUUAUUUUUAAGUAAUUAAUUUGCAUUUUAUUGCAUGACAUAAGUAUUUGAUACAUCAGAAAAGCAGAACUUAAUAUUUGGUACAGAAACCUUUGUUUGCAAUUACAGAGAUCAUACGUUUCCUGUAGGUCUUGACCAGGUUUGCACUGCAACAGGGAUUUUGACCCACUCCUCCAUACAGAACUUCUCCAGAUCCUUCAGGUUUCGGGGCUGUCGCUGGGCAAUACGGACUUUCAGCUCCAUCCAAAGAUGUUCUAUUGGGUUCAGGUCUGGAGACUGGCUAGGCCACUCCAGGACCUUGAGAUGCUUCUUACGGAGCCACUCCUUAGUUGCCCUGGCUGUGUGUUUCGGGUCGUUGUCAUGCUGGAAGACCCAGCCACGACCCAUCUUCAAUGCUCUUACUGAGGGAAGGAGGUUGUUGGCCAAGAUCUCGCGAUACAUGGCCCCAUCCAUCCUCCCCUCAAUACGGUGCAGUCGUCCUGUCCCCUUUGCAGAAAAGCAUCCCCAAAGAAUGAUGUUUCCACCUCCAUGCUUCACGGUUGGGAUGGUGUUCUUGGGGUUGUACUCAUCCUUCUUCCUCCAAACACGGCAAGUGGAGUUUAGACCAAAAAGCUCUAUUUUUGUCUCAUCAGACCACACGACCUUCUCCCAUUCCUCCUCUGGAUCAUCCAGAUGGUCAUUGGCAAACUUCAGACGGGCCUGGACAUGCGCUGGCUUGAGCAGGGGGACCUUGCGUGUGCUACAGGAUUUUAAUCCAUGACGGCGUAGUGUGUUACUAAUGGUUUUCUUUGAGACUGUGGUCCCAGCUCUCUUCAGGUCAUUGACCAGGUCCUGCCGUGUAGUUCUAGGUUGUUGCCUUCUCACCAAGCUUCUUGCCUAUUGUCCUGUAGCCCAUCCCAGCCUUGUGCAGGUCUACAAUUUUAUCCCUGAUGUCCUUACACAGCUCUCUGGUCUUGGCCAUUGUGGAGAGGUUGGAGUCUGUUUGAGUGUGUGGACAGGUGUCUUUUAUACAGGUAACGAGUUCAAACAGGUGCAGUUAAUACAGGUAAUGAGUGGAGAACAGGAGGGCUUCUUAAAGAAAAACUAACAGGUCUGUGAGAGCCGGAAUUCUUACUGGUUGGUAGGUGAUCAAAUACUUAUGUCAUGCAAUAAAAUGCAAAUUAAUUACUUAAAAAUCAUACAAUGUGAUUUUCUGGAUGUUUGUUUUAGAUUCCGUCUCUCACAGUUGAAGUGUACCUAUGAUAAAAAUUACAGACCUCUACAUGCUUUGUAAGUAGGAAAACCUGCAAAAUCUGCAGUGUAUCAAAUACUUGUUCUCCCCACUGUAUAUAUGACAAAAGUGAGUACACCCCUCACAUUUUUGUAAAUAUUUGAGUAUAUCUUUUCAUGUGACAACACUGAAGAAAUGACACUUUGCUACAAUAUAAAGUAGUGAGUGUACAGCUUGUAUAACAGUGUAAAUUUGCUGUCCCCUCAAAAUAACUCAACACAAAGUGAGUACACCCCUAAGUGAAAAUGUCCAAAAUUGUGCCCAAUUAGCCAUUUUCCCUCCCCGGUGUCAUGUGACUCGUUAGUGUUACAAGGUCUCAGGUGUGAAUGGGGAGCAGGUGUGUUAAAUUUGAUGUCAUCGCUCUCACACUCCCUCAUACUGGUCACUGGAAGUUCAACAUGGCACCUCAUGGCAAAGAACUCUCUGAGGAUCUGAAAAAAAGAAUUGUUGCUCUACAUAAAGAUGGCCUGGGCUAUAAGAAGAUUGCCAAGACCCUGAAACUGAGCUGCAGCACGGUGGCCAAGACCAUACAGCGGUUUAACAGGACAGGUUCCACUCAGAACAGGCCUCGCCAUGGUCGACCAAAGAAGUUGAGUGCACGUGCUCAGCAUCAUAUCCAGAGGUUGUCUUUGGGAAAUAGACGUAUGAGUGCUGCCAGCAUUGCUGCAGAGGUUGAAGGGGUGGAGGGUCAGCCUGUCAGUGCUCAGACCAUACACCGCACACUGCAUCAAAUUGGUCUGCAUGGCUGUCGUCCCAGAAGGAAGCCUCUUCUAAAGAUGAUGCACAAGAAAGCCUGCAAACAGUUUGCUGAAGACAAGCAGACUAAGGACAUGGAUUACUGGAACCAUGUCCUGUGGUCUGAUGAGACCAAGAUAAACAUAUUUGGUUCAGAUGGUGUCAAGCGUGUGUGGCGGCAUCCAGGUGAGGAGUACAAAGACAAGUGUGUCUUGCCUACAGUCAAGCAUGGUGGUGGGAGUGUCAUGGUCUGGGGCUGCAUGAGUGUUGCCGGUACUUGGGAGCUACAGUUCAUUGAGGGAACCAUGAAUGCCAACAUGUACUGUGACAUACUGAAGCAGAGCAUGAUCCCCUCCCUUCGGAGAUUGGGCCGCAGGGCAGUAUUCCAACAUGAUAACGACCCCAAACACACCUCCAAGACGACCACUGCCUUGCUAAAGAAGCUGAGGGUAAAGGUAUUGGACUGGCCAAGCAUGUCUCCAGACCUAAACCCUAUUGAGCAUCUGUGGGGCAUCCUCAAACGGAAGGUGGAGGAGUGCAAGGUCUCUAACAUCCACCAGCUCCGUGAUGUCGUCAUGGAGGAGUGGAAGAGGACUCCAGUGGCAACCUGUGAAGCUCUGGUGAACUCCAUGCCCAAGAGGGUUAAGGCAGUACUGGAAAAUAAUGGUGGCCACACAAAAUAUUGACACUUUGGACAUUUUCACUUAGGGGUGUACUCACUUUUGUUGCCAGUGGUUUAGACAUGAAUGGCUGUGUGUUGUGUUAUUUUGAGGGGACAGCAAAUUUACACUGUAAUACAAGCUGUACACUCACUACUUUACAUUGUAGCAAAGUGUCAUUUCUUCAGUGUUGUCACAUGAAAAGAUAUACUCAAAUAUUUACAAAAAUGUGAGGGGUGUACUCACUUUUGUGAGAUACUGUGUAUAUAUGUGUGUGUGUAUAUUUGCGAGGAAAAAAAACAUAUGGGGGAUUGGAAGUGAUGCAGACAAUUACAUUGAUGGAAGUUACAAUCUAUCUGAAAUAUUACAGCUGAUCUACCCCCUAAAAAAAAAAAAACUUCUUAAGUCACCACUACAACACUUUGUUUAUUUUCCAUGAAGGAAUUAUUAAACGCUCUUCCUUUCACCUCUAGGUCACACACAAAGAUGAUACUGAUGGCAAUGACCUAUGCACUUUCAACUCAUUCCAGUACUGGAGGGUCCCUCUACCUGAGCUGGACAUUUCACUCCUACAGAAUGGAAACCUCUCUGGAUCAAAUGGAGAACCUCCUGCCAAAGACUUAUCCUGUGAUGCCAUGGAGUCAUAAAUUUAAUUCAUGAAGGUCUGCCCACCAUGGAACUCUUAUAUGAGAGGUGGAGGCUGGUGGGAGGUGCUAUAGGAGGAUGGGCUCAUUGUAAUGGCUUGAAUAUAAUUAAUGGAAUGGAGUCAAACAUGUGGUUUCCAUGUGUGAUGUGUUUGAUACUGUUUCAUUUAUUCCAUUCCAGCCAUUACUAUGAGCCUGGCCUCCUAUAGCUUCUCCCACCAGACACAUGAUGCCCAUCAGAGCCAUAGAUUUAGAUCUAUACUGUGUAGACCAGGGGUUCUCAAAGUGGGGUACGUGGACACCUGGCCAGAUCUCAAAAUAUAUACUGUAUAUGAAAUGACCUUAAAUGUUUUUAAAUGAAUAUUACUAACAUUAUAUUAAACUGCUUUUGGCCAAGGGAUCUGUGGAAUAAGUGUAAAGUGUGUAAUACAAUGUAAUAUUAUUAAUCUACAAUGUAUGUUCUUAACCCUGGGCAACAUGGACCUGGGAGGCUCACAGGGAUAUUGGGUAUCCACAGUACUCCACAAAUAAUCAAUUUGUCAACUCAAUACUAUUUCCCCCCCAAUUUUUAUUUUUACAUAAAUGCACCGUAAUUUAAGCUUUAAAACCGCAACGUUACCUCUCUGCCUCAUGGCAAUUGCAGGAUAUUAUCUUUUAAAGCUGCAACAACAAAACAUCUCUGCCCCGUGACACAAUGUGUAGAAUUGCAGGAAAUUUGCUUGGAAACUUAAACAUUUUCUCUCCGAUGCCAAGAGGCCUUUUUAAAUGUUCUUUCACCGGGCCCAAGACUUGGUUCGUUAAGUCAUGCACUGCAGACAUCAUACUAAAACUCCUUGUAUGCUAUUUUUAUCACACUCGAGUUGUGUUCUGAUUAUGAGGGGGUCCCUGAUAUCACAAAAGGGGUCCCCUGCCCCAAAAAGUUUGAGAACCCCUGGAGUAGACGAAUGGUUCUGCUCGCCACCAAUUCACACAUCAUACAGAUAAGCCAUAAUGACACACUAUAGAACACCUACAGUAUACUAAACUCAAACUUCCACAAUGCCCACCAUACUCUAAAAAGACAGUAACUCCAAAAUCUAGCUACCAGAUCAGGCAUUGUGUAUGCUACAUGGUUAUUGUACCUGCUUUGAACACAAGGAUAAAGAUACACAUCCAGUGCAUUCGGAAAGUAUUCAGACCCCUUGACUUUUUCCACUUUUUCUUACAUUACAGCCCUAUUCUAAAAUUGAUUACAUAAUUUUUUUCCCUCAUCAAUCUACACACAAUACCCCAUAAUGACAAAGAAAAAACAAAAAUACCUUAUUUACUUACAUAAGUAUUCAGACCCUUUGCUAUGAGACUCGAAAUUGAGAUCAGGUGUAUCCUGUUUCCAUUGAUCAUCCUUGAGAUGUUUCUACAACUUGAUUGGAGUCCACCUGUGGUAAAUUAAAAGGCACACACCUGUCUAUAUAAGGUCCCACAGUUGACAGUACACGUCAGAGCAAAAACCAAGCCAUGAGGUCUAAGGAAUUGUCUGUAGAGCGCCGAGACAGGAUUGUGUCGAAGCACAGAUCUGGGGAAGGGUACCAACACAUUUCUGCAGCAUUGAAGGUCCCUAAGAACACAGUGGCCUCCAUCAUUCUUAAAUGGAAGAUGUUUGGAACCACCAAGACUCUUCCUAGAGCUGGCCUCCCGGCCAAACUGAGCAAUCGGGGGAGAAGGGCCUUGGUUAGGGAGGUGACCAAGAACCCGAUGGUCACUCUGAUAGAGCUCCAGAGUUCCUCUGUGGAGAUGGGGGAACCUACCAGAAGGACAACCAUCUCUGCAGCACUCCACUAAUCAGGCCUUUAUGGUAGAGUGGCCAGACGGAAGCCACUCAGUAAAAGGCACAUGACAGCCCGCUUGGAGUUUGCAAAAGGCACCUAAAGACUCUCAGACCAUGAGAAACAAGAUUCUCUGGUCAGAUGAAACCAAGAUUGAACUCUUUGUCCUGAAUGCCAAGCGGGACGUCUGGAGGAAACCUGACACCAUCCCUACGGUGACGCAUGGUGGUGGCAGCAUCAUGCUGUGGGGAUGUUUUUCAGCAGCAGGGACUUGGAGUCAGGAUCGAGGGAAAGAUGAACAGAGCAAAGUAUAGAGAGAUCCUUGAUGAAAACCUGCUCCAGAGCGCUCAGGACCUCAGACUGGGGCGAAGGUUCACCUUCCAACAGGACAACGACCCUAACGCUUCGAACACACCGACUGCGUCAUUGCGCAAAAUAGUAUGCAGCAUCAUCUAGAUAUGUGUGCAACAAAAGUUCAACAUUCACCUUCUGCUGCCAUUUCUGUCAACCCGUUUACGCAUACAGUUUGACGCAUACGUUCGAUAUAUCCAACAUAUGCACCACACAGAACGCACUGCCUCUGCAACGCAAUGCCGCAAAGCAAACGCAGCGUUCCAUUGGAAAUUAAUGUACUUCUGGUAUACCAAAACGCAAUGACGCAGUUGGUGUGUUCAAAGCGUAAGCCCACAGCCAAGACAACGCAGGAGUGGCUUCAGGACAAGUCUCUGAAUGUCGUUGAGUGGCUCAGCCAGAGCCCGGACUUGAACCUGAUCAAACAUCUCUGGAGAGACCUGAAAAUAGCUGUGCAGCAAUGCUCCCCAUUCAACCUGACAGAGCUUGGGAGAAACUCCACAAAUACAGGUGUGCCAAGCUUGUAGCGUCAUACCCAAGAAGACUCGAGGCUGUAAUUGCUGCCAAAGGUGCUUCAACAAAGUACUGAGUAAAGGGUCAGAAUUCUUAUGUAAAUGUGAUAUUACAGUUUUUUUAUUUUUAAUACAUUUCUAAACAUUUCUAAAAACGUGUUUUUGCUUUGUCAUUAUGGGGUAUUGUGUGUAGAUUGAUGAGGGGGGGGGGAAAACAACAAUUUAAUCAAUUUUAGAAUAAGGCUGUAACAUAACAAAAUGUGGAAAAAGUGAAGGGGUCUGAAUACUUUCCGAAUGCACUGUAUAUGGCUUACAGCAUGAAACCAGAUGAAAAUUAUUUCCACCUAUGGGGACCGGCAGGGGCGGACUGGCCAUCUGGCAUUUUGGCCCAAUGCCAGAUGGGCUGGUCCAUUUUUAGCCCAGUUGGUCUGUCUAACUAGUUAAUUUUUUGGUGUGCAAAAUGAUAAUUAUUUGAUGAAUAAUGGGGGCCUCAAGGCAAAAAUGGGCCAGUGUGGGGGCCUCGAGGAAAAAAAUGGGCCGGUGUGUCAGAAAUGUCAGUCCGCCCCUGGGGAUCGGUAUUUGUAAGAGUGUUUAUAGACUGCACACUAAAUGUUUUAUUACUUUUAGGAGGUAAAUCAUUGGCAUAGCGUCAUGAAAUGCUUGCAGUGCCCCUUUUUAUCUUCAUGUAGCCUGUAUUGUAUUGGGAUGGAAGGUGUUGCGUAUGCAGCUAGUUGUUACUUGGUACAUUAACCCACUUUGGCUGCUUUGAUGUUAUAUAAAAGUUAAUGCACUAUUUUAUUUUAACUAAACCUAAACUAUGUUUUUCCUCUAGCUGGGCUUGAUGUUAUUCAUGUUCAUUGCUAGCUGUUGACUGGUCAUUUAUUUCUCUACUGUUGACUAGUCAUUUAUUUAUCUACUUUAGUAAUGAUUCGGAUUCUUUACUUUUAAUUACAUUCCAAAUGGAUGGAUUGAUGGAUGAAAGAAUUUAUGUAUUAAUCAAUGAAUGUCUACGUUGAGGCAAGGCAAACAUACGGAAGUCGUUACUGUUUACAAGUCUGCUCUUCAGUCUGUAUAAUGCUGCUCAACAUGUUUUAUACAGUACCAGUACAUUCUUUGUGAGGCAUUUUUUCACUUCGUCAUUAUGGGGUAUUGUGUGUAGAGAGGUAAGGGGUAAAUAAAUAUUUUUUAUUCAUUUUGAAGUCCGGCUGUGACACAAAAAAAAAGAGUUGAAUAAGUCAAGGGGAAUGAAUACUUUCUGAAGGCACUGUAGGUAUCACAAGGCAAGUUUGACAUCUGUGUUGGUCUGUACAGUUAUCGUUUGUAAAAUAAAACUAUAAUUUUGUAUACUGUUUAUUGUUGAAAUGACCAAUGGGUGGCGCUGCACUCCCUUAAAGAAUGGAGUGCAGCAUACCACAACUCAUUCCAUGGGUGUUAGGGGAAGUGUGAUCGACGGCACUCAUGUUAACUGCACUCUGAUAGCCAUGCUCUUUGACCAAACAGGGGUGCCAAGGGCUUUCCUAGAGGCCAUAUCAUUUUCCCAAAGUCCACUUUCACACUCCCCAUUAUGGAUUUAAAAGCAUUUGAUUGGUGGUUGAUGAGCACUAGCUGUAUGCAGCACCACCAACAAUUAGUGAAGUGGUAAAUAGAGAGCCGGAGUUCCAAAUCAGACGUAGUGGCCUUUUCUCAAUUGGGAAAAAUGAUGUCCUCCUACGUCCUCCUCUUCUCUUUGCUCCUCUCCUCGAUUGCCUCCGCCGACGGAAGAUAACUGUAAGUCGCUCUGGAUAAGAGCGUCUGCUAAAUGACAAAAAAUGUAAAUGUAAUGUAAAUGUAUCCUACCGUGGAAGAGUUUUGAAAUCUGCCACAUCCCCUUUGAAUCAGCCAUUGUUUUCUCAUGUAGAAUAGCAUGCACACAUUUAGAAACGAUAUGCUACUUAUCCUUUUAUAUAUAAAAUAUCUAGCAUAACUAGCUACAUUUCUUUUGACCACUAGACAUAUGUAUUUUGGGAAUCUUCCUCUGUAAAUGUAAAUUUCCUGAUGACACGCUAGUGGGACAGGAGAGUAAUUUCAUACAAGCACAUUUGUUUCCACAUUUCCUCGACUCGACUAACUUUGACCUUUUCCAAAAGGAGGCGAGGAGAGGACGCGAGGAAUCGAGCAUAUCCAAUUGCGAUUCUCCCAGUGUGUUUAUGGUGGAGGAAAGCAUGAGCUCUUCAAGGCCUUUGUGAAGGAAUGACUGACCCUUGGACCAGGGCCUGGUUAAAGCCUCUCUCCAACAAUGAUCAGCCAAUGAGGGAGCAGGGGAGCUGAAUGACCCAUGUGUUUAAUUACUGUAUAGGAUACCUGUGUCAAGGAUACGCAUGGAUCUAUGUUAGGAUAAUUUGUGUGCCUAUAUGAAUGCAGCUCCUACAAUGGUAAGUUUGGAUAAGUUGUCUUUAUAUUAUCUAUAUGGCUUCCCAUAUGGAAAGCAGUUCAUUAGCAAGUUUCUAUGAGUAUUAGUUGUAUGAAAUGACAAAAUUGUAGCCUAACUGAAAUUAGUACUGAUUGCAAGAUAAUAUUUAACUUUUUUAAUUCAUUUGAAAAGUCCUCAAAUGAUUCUAAAUCAGUCAUACUUUAUAAUUAGAUAAUAAUACAAGUGCUUCUUAUAUAAACUUCUUAUAAUUAAGUCAAACCGGAGUGAAGUAAGGCUAAGUGAAUUUAUAGGGGGCAUCGCAUCUCACAUAUCUAUCGCGACACCGUUGUCCUUCAAACCUGUUCUACUUUUCUCUUUAUGUCACCAUGUGUUUCUAGAAAACAAUGUUAUCUCUUCCUUGCUAUUCUUGUCAAUGUGCUGUCUAAACAUUGCAUUUGUUUGUACAGUGCACAGAGCCUGAGACGAAAACGGACCAAAUGAAUGUUAAAGGAAAACCCCACUCAAAAAUCUUUGGUAUUUUUUUCAUUAGUCCGCUAUUGAUACAGUCCCAAAAUGUUUUGCAUGUCAGGAGUCAAGUUUUCAAGAUAUUGUCACUUGCCACAUCAUCAUUAUGAUGCAAAAUGCUAAUGAAAUUAAUGAAAAUAAAUACCAAAAUAUAGUUUUUGAGUGGAUUUUUCCUAAAAAUCUAAAAACCUGAAGUCAAAGUUUAUGAGAAAACAUUUGUCACUAACCCAAAAAUGUGGGGUGUGCAAAUCAAAAGCUUAAAGCUUGUUUGGUGCGUAAAUGAUGAGCUUGUUGAUGACCAUGAUGAAGGUAAAUCGCUCUCCUUUCUCUCUCUCCAUCUCUCUUCUCUCUCACACACACACACACCAGUGGCAGUGAGAGCCGUUUAAGAUGAGGGAGGACGAUUAUUUAUUUUUAUGAGCAUGGCCUUAUUUCUAUUACAGAAUAUUGGAUGACUGUCAUUCAUAUUCCAUUCACCCAACUCAAUGUAACAUCAAUAGGUUUAUGCUACUACAUGAUAAUCAAAUAUUCUUAAUACCCAUCAUGGGGUUGCUACAACCUAGCCUAUGAAUGAAAGUUUACAAUGUAGGUGCACAACUCAAGAGAAAAAUUAGAGUAAUCAAGGUGAGACAGAUAGUGACAUUCAAUACCGCCUUGCACACUCUUGCCUGUAUCUAUGCGUCUAGCUGAUCUAGGGCGUAAUCAUUAGCCAACAGUUGCAAACAAGAGUUUCUAUUGGACAAAUUCAGGUAUGUUUAUCUGAAUUUAGUUUCCGUUUUAAGAAAGGUUUUUCAACAGAAUCGGUGGAUUGAAUACACCUCUGAUCACACGCAAACACAGUUCACUUUCAUAGCAGCCACAUACAAACAGCAUGAUUACUUUGCUCGUUGUAUAAUUCCUUCUUGCAUCUAUGCGUUCUCCUCCUCUCACCUUUUCCCUUCGCUUGUGCACAACACAUCAGCUGUCUGUGACCAGGCGAAAAAAAACGUUCCAAGCCAAACCUUCAUAUCAUAACCGCUAACCUCUACACACAGCCUACAUUGUCACCAUAUUAGCUAAUGUCAUAGUCAACAUAGCUAAUAGAACGGGUUAGUAAACCCGCUACAAUCAUGCAGUACAGUGUACAGUCAGCAAGCAGUUUAGCAGUUACACCGGCGGGCCCCGGUGGCAAUAAACUAAUCAAACCAAAAGCUUACCUUGACUUGGAAGAGUUCCAGUGUUGGAUAGCCAUAGCCAGCUAGCUAACAUAGCAUCCCUCUCUGUUUGAGCCAGGUGUUUGAGUAACUAAACUAGCUAGCUGCAUUCGCUAGCUAAGUAAGUGAAAGUGAAAAAAAAAGGAAAUAAAGCUCCCUCGCUUGCUUUUCCUUCAUUUUUAAAGAAAUUAAUUUGUUCAAAAGUGUUAGAUUGUCUCUCUCUUUGAGUCAACUAUUCACCACAUUUUAUGCACAGCAGUGCUUGCUAGCUGUAGCUUAUGCUUUCAGUACUAGAUUCAUUCUCUGGUCCUUUGAUUUACUGGACAACAUGUCAGUUCAUGCUGCAAGAGCUCUGAUAGGUUGGAGGUCGUCCUCCGGAAGUUGUCAUAAUUACUGUGUAAGUCUACGGAAGGGGGUGAGAACCAUGAGCCUCCUAGGUUUUGUAUUGAAGUCAAUGUACCCAGAGGAGGACGGAAACUUGCUGUCCUCCGGCUACACCAUGGUGCUACCCUACAGAGUGCUGUUGAGGCUACUGUAUACCAUUGCAAAACAGUGUGUUUUAAUCAAUUAUUUGGUGACGUAUAGAUUUAUCUAAAAAGGACAACUUUUUUAAAUGUUUCACUAUUUAUAUUUUUGUGAAAUGCACUGAGGAGGAUGGUUCUCCCCUUCCUCCUCUGAGGAGCCUCCACUGACAAACACACACACACACACACACACAGUGAACACUCAAGGUCUGAAUCAUGUCAGAUAAUCACAGGAAAGGGAUGUGUGUAUGUUUCUAUUUUGAGCUGGGCCCAUGUUGAGCAAGAGCCUUUCAGGAAAUACAUGAUUGAGGCUCUGACGAAUAUGGAGUAACUUAAUAUUAGGAAGGUGUUCUUAAUGUUUGGUAUACUCAGUGUAUACUAUCAUGACAUUUAUAGGAACAAUAAUGCAAUAGAGAGCUGAGCUACAGUCCAAUGGUCUCGGUUUUCUCUCAGUCUCCAGAAAUGAACAGACUGUUCUACAUAUGUUUGAUGUUUUUAUAGUUGAAUAUAGCAUUCGGUAGCUUCUGUUAGCCUGAUAACACAGCAUUGAUGUCUCUCACAAAUUCUUCUCAAAAGGUUGUUAUGCGUUAGAAUUGUUAAUAGUAUCAAGGCUUCCAUUGUAUUCCACCCCAGAAAGUGUUGUGUUAACUUGUUGUGUGUUGUGUUCCAGUCACGGAGGUCUUGGAUUGAAGACACCUUCUGCAAGAGAGCUUGUGGUAAAUUCAUCCCAGCAUGCCGAGACCUACACAGGUGAUUUGCUGAACAGUGUCAAAAUCUCAUAUGAUAAUUAACAGUAGUGCUUGAAUUAUGAUAUUUACCAUGGUAGGCAGAAAUGCAAAAACCUUUGGCAACUAUACUAACUGUUCCAGGAAAAGCGGUUAUGUUGCUGAUGUAUCAUUUCCUGUUUAUUGCAGAUGUUUUCCAAUGUGUCAAGUAUGCCAAAACCUAAUAAGGUAUGACUUUGCUGACUGUAUGUGUGUUUGUGUGUGUGUGCAUGUUUUGAGAGUGAGAUUGUCCAUUUUAGUGUAAAAGUACACUUACAGACAGUAAUUCCAUAUUUACUGAGUAUACAAAACAUUAAGAACUUUCCAUGACAUAGACUGACCAGGUGAAUCCAGGUGAAAGCUAUGAUCCCUUAUUGAUGUCACUUGUUAAAUCCACUUCAAUCAGUGUAGAUGAAAGGGAGGAGACAGGUUAAAGAAGGAUUUUUAAGCUUUGAGACAAUUGAGACAUGGAUUGUGUAUGUGUGCCAUUCAGAGGGUGAAUUUUGUAUAUAUAUUUUUUGCCUUUGAACUGGGUAUGGUAGUAGGUGCCAGGCGCACCGGUUUGGGGGGGGGGGCGCGCAACUUAAUAUUAGGAAGGUGUUCUUAAUGUUUGGUAUACUAUCAUGACAUUUAUAGGAACAAUAAUUCAUUUCUGUGCCAAUGUUUUACAACCAGAAAGGUUUGAGUUUUGCCACUCUCCCCCUAACCCCCAGAUGCUGCUGUGGACGUCUGGUAGGGGAGCACACCUGGCUGGAGACUGGCCCCUCCAUGUCCAGCUGGCCUGGGCCUGGGGCAGGGCAGGAAGAUGAGUGGUCAGUGGAGUGCCACACACAAGCCAGUGCCACCGAUGCCUACGGAACCAUUGACUUCCAGGACAGUGCUGGACGUAACUGCCAUGCCAAGGUCUGUAGCUAUUGCUGCGUUCCUGUGCUAGUCGGAACUCAGAAAUAUCCAACUGGGGAAACUAGGAGUGCAAUGAUGCUACCUGAGAUUCUCACUUGUAUUUACCAUUUAGAAGUUUGAUAGGAACGGUUUUUGACGUCGGAAACACAGAGUAACAAAAAUGUGGUGUUUGUGUGUCAAUCUGUGUGAAUGGGCAAUAUGCCAACUGCAGUGUAAUGCCAAAUAGGAUGCCAACGAGGACUAGCUGUUAUCUCAUAUGAAUGUGUUUGACCUGACCAUGCUUUAUGUGUUGACCAUUCAGUACGUUCGUGUUGCGGUCGAUUCCAAGCCUGAGGCUCUGCUGCAGCUGAUGCGGAGUGAGUGGCAGAUGGAACGUCCUAAACUACUGUUGACGGUUCAUGGGGGGGCAGAGAACUUCCCCCUCCCCCUCAAGGUUAGACAGGCCUUCAGCAAAGGCCUGAUCACCGCAGCCCAGAGCACUGGAGCCUGGAUACUCACAGACGGCAUCAACACAGGUAACGCUGAUGAAUUUUGCAAUUGGCCUUUAACUAAGACAGUAAGCACGUGUGGAUGUGAGCAUAUGUGUGUGAUUUUGGUCUCACCUUACAUUUAUUAAACUGUGUGUGUGGUGUGUAUUACAUGUUAAUAUGUGUUGUAGAUCUGUUUAUAUGUGUUCGUAUGUAUGUAAGUGGACUGAGAAUCUGCCCCUCCUAGGUGUGUCCCGGUACGUAGGGGAGGCUGUGAAAACAUAUGGCACCCAUGACCUCAGGAAGAGGAACGCUGUAGGGGUCACGCCCUGGGGCGUAAUUGACAACCACAGUGACCUUAUAGGGAGAGAUGUGAGUGUUGUUCUUUGUAAAGAUAUCAGUGCUUUUAAGGAAAGUUUCAAAUUAAAUCACACUUUCACAUUAUAAGAAGGUUUGCAGUAUUUUUUGCACGGAUCUGUACUCAUUUGCGCCAUGAAAAUGUCACCUUUUAUCUUUCUUGAGCUGCCAUGUGCUCUCACUUUCCCGCUUAGCCUAUCCCAUACCCUCUUCUGUUUUCUCUCUGGCCUGCUCUCUGACCUGUGUUCUGAUACCUGACCCAGGUGCUCAGGCCUUACCAGCCUCUGGGAAACCCCUUGAGUAAGAGGGUGUGUCUGAACGGCCUGCACUCCCACUUCCUGUUAGUGGACGAUGGAACUCUGGGAAAACAUGGCUGCCAGCUGGGACUGAGGAGGAAGCUGGAGAGACACAUUCAACUGCAGAAGAUCCACCCUAGUGAGUGUGUGUGUGACUGUGUGUGUGUAAAAGAGAGAGCAUGUGUAUGUGAAUGUGUGUGAGAAAGAGAGAGAGAUUGCAUUGCAGUGUGUGUGUGUGAGAAAGAGAGUAUUGUAAUACACGUGUGUAACAGUAUGUCUGUCUGUCUGUCUGUCUGUGUGUGUGUGAUGUUUCUCUCUCUGGCAGGGCUUAACCAGGGUGUGCCAGUGGUGUGUGUGGUGGUGGAGGGUGGCCCUGACAUUGUGUCCAUGGUGCUAGAGUACGUGAGCAGUGUGCCCCCCGUGCCUGUGUUUGUCUUCGAGGGAUCAGGUCGGGCGGCUGACUUGCUGGCAUUCUUACACAAACAGACUGCUAUGGACAGGUGUGGAGUACCACUGUAGUCAUACAUAUAAUGGCUGUUACGUGUUGAAGACUUUGGUGUUCAUGUAGAGCAGCGUUUCCCAAACUCGGUCCUCGGGACCCCUAGGGGUGCACGUUUUGGUUUUUACUCUAGUACUACACAGCUGAUUCAAAUAAUCAAAGCUUGAUGAUUAGUUGAUUGUUUGAAUCAGCUGUGUAGUGCUAGGGCAAAAACCAAAACAUGCACCCCUUGGGGUUCCGAGGACCGAGUUUGGGAAACACUGAUGUAGAGCAAGGACUGGCAACUUUGAUGGGGGUGGGGGCCACAAAAAACCUAACUCAUCAUGAGGGGCUGCAGUGGCUUGUGCGUCUCCGUAUCCACAUCCAUACCUCCGCCUUGUGAGCAAAACAUUUUAGCGGCCCCCCUCGUGACAGCGAAAAUAUAUAUUUUUUUGUUUUGAAGUUAAUUUCCUGCAAUUCUGCACAUUUUGCCAUGGGGAGUAGAGAAAAUGUUGCCGUUUUAAAGCAAGUUUGCUGAGCCCUCACCCAGUGGGAGGCCCAGAGUUUUACCUGGUCAGGUUACAGGCUGAGGAAAAUCUCAGGGCUCAUAUAUCUUCGUAGUCAGUGUGUAUCCUGUAUACUCUAUCUAGGUGUACAGAGGCAUAACACAGGCCGUAUUUGGGGGCCAAAACAUGCCAACUGAGAAAUGAGAGAGGAGGCAUGUGUAUGAGGUAGCUUGCUAACCAGAGCUCAGAUCUUAGCAUGUGGUUGUGCCAAAAGGACCAAGGUUGUUAGCCUAUGUCUUACUUCACUGGUGUACUGGUGCACCAGUAUAUGCUUACUAUGUUGGUACUGUAUACAGGGUGCUGGACACAGACAUCAAGGAGGACUUCCUGCUGAGGAUAGGGGGCAUGUUUGGUCUGGAGAGAGCAGACGCCAGCCAGCUCUACAACCUUCUGAUGGAGAGUAUGGACUACAGACAGUCUGUGAGUAAUGUGACUGUGGGCCGGUUUCCCGGACACAGAUUAAGCCUAGUCAUGGACUAAAAUGCACUUUCAAUUGAGAUUCUCCUUUGAGAAUGAUUUUCAAUCCAGGACUAGGUUUAACCUGGGGAAACCAUCCCAUCCUCACCCAUUUCUAUCUUUAUAAAACACAGAUCACAAUCUUCGACUCUGAGGAUCAACAGGAGGCAGACUGCGCCAUUUUGACGGCCACACUGAAAGGUACACCUUCUCCUGCCCUUUAUGGCUGUGUCAUUCACUGGAAUGUGUGAUGUCAUUGAGUAUACUCAGAUGAGACUUGACCCAGUCCUGUCUUGUCUGUUCUAUGUGUUCUCUGGGCUGAAUCCCAACUUGAAAUCUGAGUUUUCACUCAAAGGACCUAUAGUUCUAUGCAUGAUCUACAAAAGUUACGCAGGGCCGAUGUUGCGAUUGAGGCCACAGAUGUUGUGAUGAUUGACAGGCACCAAGGCGUCUCCUGCGGAGCAGCUCAGUACAGCUUUGGCGUGGGACCGAGCGGAUAUAGCUAAAAAACACAUCCUGGUGUAUGGCCAGCACUGGCAGGUAAAAACAACAACAACAAAACAACUCACACCCUACCGUUGUACUUACCUUUUUUGCACUAAAAAAUGCAUUUUCUUAUUAGCACUGACUUUGCUGAUAGCUUCUUUAUUGAGAAAAGUUUGAUUUACUAUGACUGUGAGAUGUGGUUGGCGUUCCUAGCCACUGUAAGAUGAAUGCACUAACUAUAAGUCUCUCUGGAGCGUCUGCUAAAUGACUCAAAUGUAAAUGUAUGACAGACCAGUGGGCAGGCAGGGCAAGGCUGCUUAAGCCUGCUACACGCUAAUCAAACGUUCCGACGGAGCGUCGUAUACGGUCCGUUCCAAAACUUCAGCGGCACAAAAGUACAUGGAACUACAUAUUAAUCAAAUGGCCACCCAGACUAUUUACAUUGACCCCCCCCCCCCCCUCCCCCCCCCAUGUACAAAUUACCUCGACUAACCUGUACCCCCGUACAUUGACUCGGUACCGGUACCCCCUGUAUAUAGCCUCGGUAUUGUUAUUUUAUUGUGUUACUUUUUAUUGUAUUUUUUACUUUAGUUUAUUUACUAAAUAUUUUCUUAACUCUAUUUUUUUAACUGCAUUGUUGGUUAAGGGCUUGUAAGUAAGCAUUUCACGGUAAGGUCUACAGCUGUUGUAUUCGGCGCAUGUGACAAAUACAAUUUGAUUUGAUUUAGAACUCUACGCAAACUACGCUCCGUUUGCAUAGUGUUUAGAGCGUCCUUGUUUAAUUUUUAUUUUAUUUUAUUCAGGAAGUAAACUGAAAUUGCUGUGCUUUUUUUGUUGUUAAUGUUUAUGUGUUUGAUGGUAUUGCAGUCAGGCUUUAUGGUGGGCUUGAUGGAAUGGUGGUGUUGGUGGUCUGUCUGUCUAGGUAGGCUCGUUGGAGCAGGCCAUGCUGGAUGCUCUGGUCAUGGACCGGGUCGGCUUUGUCAAACUCCUGAUCGACAACGGUAUGACAAUGAACCGCUUCCUGACCGUGUCACGCCUGGAAGAACUCUAUAACACGGUAAUGACUUGAUCACUUUCUCUCUCUUGUCAUCUUUUCAGCUCUGUAUUUAUGAGUUACAAUAUAUGAUAUGCUGUACGUAAAGAAGCAAUUCUGUGUUUUCCUAUUGACAGUACAUUAGCUAACUCAUAUACCACAAUUGCCAAAGCAGUGGUUGUAAUUGCAAUCACAGUAAUACAGUGUAAGUCUCUCAUUGGUUGUUUGGUUUUCCCACAGUUUGAAGAUAUUUUGUAGAUCACAGAGCUCUUUGUCAUGAGUAAAGCUGUGGAUGGUCUUUGGAGUUAUAAACAAUAUUAAAUAAUUCAUAACUUUGGAAAUAAUGAAGCUCAAACGGAGACAAGAAACACCAUAUAUUAUCAUAUACAGUUGUCAAAGUUUUUUUUCUAAAAGUUGAAAGGAUAACUUUUCAUCUGGUCUAUCACUUCAUUCCGUAGGAACAAAUGUUGUAUUGUAAUCCAGAUAACUAACCACUGAAGUCUGGUUUGCAUUUGGUGGUUACUGAGUUGAUUGUGGAUAAUGAAGACAUGACAUGCCAUUCUUUUUUAUAGCAGCAGGGACCAACAGACAAUUUCCUCCAUCACCUCGUGGAAGAUGUGAAACAGGUGAAUAUUGUGAAACUUGGUGAAAAUGUUAGCUUGUCGAAUGUGUAUGUCUACAGUAUUUUGCGAGUGGAAAUAUUCAGUUAAAAAAUACUCAGGUGUGUUUGUGUGUUUGUUUGUGUGUAGACCCAUAUAUCCAAAGGAUACAGAGUCUCCCUCAUAGACAUGGGGCAGGUGAUUGAGUACCUGAUAGGAGGAGCCUAUCGGAGCACAUACACACGGAAACACUUCCGGGCCUACUAUAACCGCCUACAUGCCCAUUGCAAGGUGAGAGACCAAGGUCACAUUUCAGGCUGACUAUUUUGCAGUUGCCUGCCAGAUCUCACAGCACCUGGGUAGGUGUUUAACAUACUGUAGGCCUAUCAGCUGACCACAUCAUAUGAUAUAGCAAUAUGAAGCCUGACUACACAGUCAAUGACAUGGCACGCAGCCAUUGGAUGCUGUAUGCACCACGACUGUAAAGUUGGCCUGAAACGCCGCCCAUGUUAGAUGUCUGUAUACAAGAUACCACCUUUGGGCCCUCAAGCAUUUCUGUAUAAACGGACACCAUUAAUAUAGCAGAUUUUCUCUUUUGAGUUGUUGUUGUCUUGUUUUUGUUUUGACAUUUUACCUUGUUAAAUACGCCUUUGUGUACUCUGCACUGAUUUGAGUGACCAUCAUUUCCAGGAGACUGGACGGGAUAGUUCAGGACCCCUUAACAAAAAGAGGAGGGCAGACUGCACCCUCCACCCGCACCAAAGCACUGACAGCAGUCCAUCACGGCCACCCUUCUUCCGCACUGCUCAGCCCUAUAAACGCAAGGUCUGUGAAAGAUAUGGGACCAGCCCAAACAAAUCUGUGACAGAACUAACAUGCCUCUUACAAACGAGAGGUAUUUUAAAGAAAAUUGUCUCCACUUACACACUGAAACACAAACACACAGGCUAUUGAUAGCUAGUACUGUAUAUUCUGUGGCUACAAAUACCCCCUGUACAUUAGUGUUCUUAUUGGCUGGCCGCCUCUCCCCACCCUCCUCUCUCUCUCUCCUCUAUCUCUACAGGAAAGAUCCAUGGUGCUCAGGGACCUGAAGGUGGGCCAGCAGCAGAGCUCCGAGCUGGGCGAGUCUCCUCUGUUUGUUUACAGCUUCAAUGACCUGUUUGUGUGGGCCGUGCUGCAGAGGCGGCAGCAGAUGGCGCUGUUUCUGUGGCAGCACGGGGAGGAGGCCAUGGCCCGGGCUACAGUUGCCUGUAAGCUGUAUGGUGCCAUGGCCUACGAGUUUCGGCAGAGCAACAUGGAUGACACCACGGCGGAGCAGCUCAAAACCUACUCUAUGUCAGUGUUUCCUCAUAGACAUAAAAUGUUUUAUGUAGUAGUAGUGUCGAGAGCUUGGGACUAUAAGAUUCUAUCUACAAAAAUAUGAUUCUGAGAUAAUUGGCUUUAAUGUUCUGAACAGUCAUUGGUUUGAAUGGUGGCAGUGAUUUUUAUCUUGUAUAUUUUUGAGCUUAACAACAUGAAUUGGAGUAUUUAGACUACUGUAUAGGUAGAGAGCCUUGUUCUGUUCAAUGUUAUGUCAAUAACAUUUAUUUUUAUUUUUAUGCAGAUAGAACCUUAUAGUCCCAAGCUCUCUGUGUGUCUCUGGGGUUUUGUGUAUGUUGUUUCAGCAGAGUGAACUUUUGUAGUUGUGUGUGUAUAUUACUAUGUUUCUGAGUGUGUGUUUUCCAGUCUGUGUUUCUCAAUGUUUGUGUGUUGUGGCAUGGAUGGCUGCAGGGACUUUGGUCAGCUGGCGGUGGAUGUGCUGGACCGUGCCUUCAGACAGAACGAGCGCAUGGCCAUGAAGCUGCUGACUUCGGAGAUGGAGGACUGGAGCCACUUCACCUGCCUGCAGAUGGCUGUGUCCUCCCGGCUCCGCCCCUUUGUCUCCCACUCCUGCACCCAGAUGCUGCUCACCGACCUGUGGACCGGCCGCCUCAACAUGAGGAAGAACUCCUGGUUCAAGGUCAGGCUCUCAAAGUCUAGGGGGGCAAAUUGUCUUCACAGAGGUCCGGAGGGCAGCCCUGUAUUGCCCUGCCGUCAAAAUCUGUGGGCCGCACUUACCAAGACAACUUACCAAGACAACUUACCAAGACAACUUACCAAGACAACUUAUAAUAAUAUGCCAUUUAGCAGACACUUUUAUCCAAAGCGACUUACAGUCAUGUGUGCAUACAUUUUUACGUAUGGGUGGUCGAGGGGAUCGAACCCACUACCCUGGCGUUACAAGCGCCAUGCUCUACCAAUUGAGCUACAGAGGACCAAGACAACUUACCAAGACAACUUACCAAGACAACUUACCAAGACAAUUUACUAAGACAACUUACCAAGACAACUUACCAAGACAACUUACCAAGACAAUUUACUAAGACAAUUUACUAAGACAACUUACCGAGACAAUUUACUAAGACAACUUACCGAGACAAUUUACUAAGACAACUUACCAAGACAAUUUACUAAGACAACUGCGGAUCGCAUUAAAUCAUGGGCCGUAUUGGGCCCAAGGCCCACCAGUUUGAGUGUUCAAGGCACUGUCUCCUUUAAAGAUUCUGAAAAGUAGAGCCAGUGCACCUGAGUGUUCUUUCCAUGCUAAGAUUGAUUGACAGCAUAAAUAAGCAGUAGUUCAAUUUUAUUUUGAGUCUAUUAAUGUCAGUCGAUGUUAUGCUGUUCCAGCAGUUACCUCAGAUUACUUGUGUUUAUGUGUCUGAAUCUUAUUCCUGUGUGUGUGUGUGUGUGUGUGUGUGUGUCAGAUCAUCCUGAGCAUCCUCAUGCCCCCUGCCAUCCUGCUAUUGGAGUUUAAGAGCCAGGCAGAGAUGUCCCAUGUGCCCCAGUCCCAGGAGGCUUUGCAGUUUGGUUGGGACACAGGAAGACCAGAGGCAGCCCAGGAGGGGGGGCAUACGGUAACUAAGGUUCCAAAAUGUACACCAUACCAGUCUCCCUGAAUUUCAGUCCUUCCAGUUCCUGUCUGUCAUGGCAUUCUAAUCUCAGUUUGAUGCUAAUGUUGAUACCAGGGUCAUAUUUAUUAGGAACCAAAUGGUAGAAAAUGGACUGAAACAGGGAGGGACUUUGCUCAUUAUUGAUUUCCGUUGCAAAGCGUUUUCUGUUGUGUGCUCUAAUGAACGUGACCCUGAUGUCUUGGUUCUCUGAAGGAUGGCCAGGAUGCGGAGAAGGGAUCAGCAUGGUGGGAGAGUUGCUCAGACCCCGAAGCUGACACAAUCACACCCGUUACCACCCAGUGUUUCUUCUGGACCAGGAGGCUGUACGAUUUCUACACCGCUCCUGUCGUCAAGUUCUGGUUCCACACGGUGAGCUAGCAGCAUGCACUCAUUAUACUCUUCUAAGCCUCAUGACAUGCAUAUUAUAUAAAGAGGGACCUUCUUUGUUGAAAAUAUUUCUCAGUCUGAAAUGAUUGACUGGGAUUAGACUAGAUCCCUUUUUCAUUGUGCUCACUCUGGUCCAUGUGUCUGAUGCUGUUUCACUGUGUGGUCUAGAUGUCCUACCUGGCCUUUCUCAUGCUGUUCUCCUACACUGUUCUGGUAAAGAUGGAGGACCGGCCCAGCACUCAGGAGUGGCUGGUCAUUGCCUAUAUUAUAUCCACCGCUGUGGAGAAAACAAGAGAGGUGAGUGUUGUUAUGAUAUGGAUGGUAGUUUAAUUGUUAGCAUACAGUUAGGCAACACACUACCAGGAUACACUUCCACGCUCCAUUCCCAGGUGGCAGCACCAACCGGGUCAGGGCAGGUGCUAUGCCAAGCCUUAUUAAGCCCACGGGUGGAAGAAUCGAAAGAUGAUUAGUGUGCAAGCUUGCAGAACCGAGAGGCUGCAGGUUUUUUUUUCUUGGUGGCCAUGUGGCUUUUGGUUUUAGGUUGAAUCCUUCGUUUUGGACAUGUCCUUUUUAGUUUAUUUUAGUUUAUAUGUAUUUCGGUCACCAUUUUGAAUGAACAAUAAUCCGCUCGGGCUAGCCGACACAUGAGGAGUCAAGAAUGAGCUGGACCGAAGGUUGCUUUCUCCUUAAAUCAGGUUACAGGCCAGUUAACUAAGCCUAGGACUUAGCGAGCGUAUCAAUAUUAGCAGGCUAGUUAUUGGUUCCGUAACAGUGUGUAUAAUAAGUUGAAGACUAAACCUGCCCUGACACACGAGGCUGUCUUAUCUCUGGCACGUUAGACUCAAAGGUCUGACACAGCUUAUAUGUUACACCUGAAAGGGUCUCUCUCUCACAUCUCUCUCUUUCUUUCCUCUCUUAUUCCAUCUCUAUAUCUCUAUAUCUCUCUUUCCCUCUCUUUCUAUUUCUCCUCUCUCACUCCCUCCCUCCCACUCUGUCUCUGUCUCGUUCUCUCUCAUAUGUUCUCCCCCUCUUUUAUCACUGUUCAACCUCGUACCCGUCAGAGGUGUGGACUCGAGUCACAAAUUUGAUGACUUGAGACUCGACUUGAUAGAAAAUAAAAUAACUUGAGACUUGACUUGGAGCCUCAAGACUCGGGACUCGACUUUGACUUGAGACUGAUGACUUGAAAAUGAUCUGGCCAGCUUUUGUAAUGUUUUGUCACUCAUUAAUCUCCACACAGUCAGAAACUGUAGCCGCAGAAUGCCAGCAUCACAAUUGCAAUAAAAAUGAAGAAAGUGCAACAGAUUGGCUAGCGAAACGCACACUCGACCCUCUGAUUGGACAAGCAAACUGUCAAUCAACACAGGUCGGGUGAGCCAGCGCAUUAGAAGGUUUUGGGGGAUGACGACUCUCGAGUGUGACAUUUUUAUAUUUUUUCAUACAUAUAGCCUACCAUUUGUAUUUUAUAUUUAUACUUUUGCUUAUUCAAUCUGGUCACUAACAGAAGCCUACUACAUUGCACAAAAAGUAUUGUUUCAAAAACAUCUAAUCCUAACCCAUUCAUAGACACUAACACCUGUUGAUAAUAGCAUCUUCUGGCUGGGGGAGUUUUGUUAAGAUCCCUGAUGCUCAUUCUGAACGUUAAAAUGCAUCGCUUGCGGUACAAUUUUGGAAACUUAAGGAACAUAUCUUUCAUAUCAGUGAAUACAUAAUUUUCAAAAAACUAAAGAUUCAAUUACUACACACCUUUAUAGGGUUAGGGUUCCCACACAUUCAUAUUUCCAUGUUGCAGCACUUGAAAACAGACAAAGGCGUGCCUGUGCUAGUUAGCUAUCUGCGUCUCCGAACACCUGUGUGCAAACAUUAGAAGGAUGACACAAAUGUGUUGUCACUGAAAAAUACUGUUGGCUGCAACUGUGAUUUAUAACGGGGUGCUGCAGCACCCUGAGCAGCCCUACUUCCCGCGGCUACGUAUAUCUAUGGUUAAAUGGUGGUGCAAUUUGUUUUUCCCCUUUUCCUGUUUUUGUGAACAAAAUGUGCAAUUCACUCUCUGACCUGUGAAAGGCAGUAAUAUGCAACAAAGCGUCUAGUCCUGUGAGUAGGCAGAGGCCAAUAGAGAAUGAUAGGAGUAAAGUGCUUCAGUAAGGUUGGUUUCAUUUUUCUCUGCUGAUACAGGAGUAAUAAAGGCCUACAGCACUAAUUUGGUGAUUUUAAUUUUAACAUUCAUUAUUUUUGGAUUGUGAUUUAUCAAGUGGUGCUGCAGCACCCUCAGCAGCCCUACUUCCCGCGGCUAUGAACGUUAGGCUCCAUUAGUCCAUUAUUGAGCUAAUCUAAUCCAUGCUUCAGAACCAAAAAGUUGCCUGUCUUGACUGUUGACCAAUGACCAGUCAUCAGCAUUGGUGUGCAAAGGCGGGAGCACAUAUCCAGAUUAGUGACCAGAAAGCACUUGUUUAAUUUUCUCUGGCAAAAAACAGAGUAGCCUACCUACAUUCAUAUUAUCCAUAGAAAAUACACUUUAUCUUUGCCAGAAGAAUAGGCUACCUGGUGAUUUCAUUGAUCAUUUUCAUAUUUCAGAUAGGCCUAGUUUUGGUGGGUUAUACUGUGUGUGUAUGUAUGUACAGUGGGGGAAAAAAGUAUUUAGUCAGCCACCAAUUGUGCAAGUUCUCCCACUUAAAAAGAUGAGAGAGGCUUGUAAUUUUCAUCAUAGGUACACGUCAACUAUGACAGACAAAUUGAGAAUUUUUUUUCUCCAGAAAAUCACAUAGUAGGAUUUUUUAUGAAUUUAUUUGCAAAUUAUGGUGGAAAAUAAGUAUUUGGUCAAUAACAAAAGUUUCUCAAUACUUUGUUAUAUACCCUUUGUUGGCAAUGACACAGGUCAAACGUUUUCUGUAAGUCUUCACAAGGUUUUCACACACUGUUGCUGGUAUUUUGGCCCAUUCCUCCAUGCAGAUAUCCUCUAGAGCAGUGAUGUUUUGGGGCUGUCGCUGGGCAACACGGACUUUCAACUCCCUCCAAAGAUUUUCUAUGGGGUUGAGAUCUGGAGACUGGCUAGGCCACUUCAGGACCUUGAAAUGCUUCUUACGAAGCCACUCCUUCGUUGCCCGGGCGGUGUGUUUGGGAUCAUUGUCAUGCUGAAAGACCCAGCCACGUUUCAUCUUCAAUGCCCUUGCUGAUGGGAGGAGGUUUUCACUCAAAAUCUCACGAUACAUGGCCCCAUUCAUUCUUUCCUUUACACGGAUCAGUCGUCCUGGUCCCUUUGCAGAAAAACAGCCCCAAAGCAUGAUGUUUCCACCCCCAUGCUUCACAGUAGGUAUGGUGUUCUUUGGAUGCAACUCAGCAUUCUUUGUCCUCCAAACACAACGAGUUGAGUUUUUACCAAAAAGUUCUAUUUUGGUUUCAUCUGACCAUAUGACAUUCUCCCAAUCCUCUUCUGGAUCAUCCAAAUGCACUCUAGCAAACUUCAGAUGGGCCUGGACAUGUACUGGCUUAAGCAGUGGGACACGUCUGGCACUGCAGGAUUUGAGUCCCUGGCGACGUAGUGUGUUACUGAUGGUAGGCUUUGUUACUUUGGUCCCAGCUCUCUGCAGGUCAUUCACUAGGUCCCCCCGUGUGGUUCUGGGAUUUUUGCUCACCGUUCUUGUGAUCAUUUUGACCCCACGGGGUGAGAUCUUGCGUGGAGCCCCAGAUCGAGGGAGAUUAUCAGUGGUCUUGUAUGUCUUCCAUUUCCUAAUAAUUGCUCCCACAGUUGAUUUCUUCAAACCAAGCUGCUUACCUAUUGCAGAUUCAGUCUUCCCAGCCUGGUGCAGGUCUACAAUUUUGUUUCUGGUGUCCUUUGACAGCUCUUUGGUCUUGGCCAUAGUGGAGUUUGGAGUGUGACUGUUUGAGGUUGUGGACAGGUGUCUUUUAUACUGAUAACAAGUUCAAACAGGUGCCAUUAAUACAGGUAACGAGUGGAGGACAGAGGAGCCUCUUAAAGAAGAAGUUACAGGUCUGUGAGAGCCAGAAAUCUUGCUUGUUUGUAGGUGACCAAAUACUUAUUUUCCACCAUAAUUUGAAAAUAAAUUCAUUAAAAAUCCUACAAUGUGAUUUUCUGGAUAAUUUUUUCUCAAUUUGUCUGUCAUAGUUGACGUAUACCUAUGAUGAAAAUUACAGGCUUCUCUCAUCUUUUUAAGUGGGAGAACUUGCACAAUUGGUGGCUGACUAAAUACUUUUUUCCCCCACUGUGUGUAUAUAUAUAUAUAUAUAUAUAUAUACACAUUAUCUCACAAAAGAGUACACCCCUCACAUUUUACUGAAGAAAUGACACUUUGCUACAAUGUAAAGUAGUGAGUGUACAGCUUGUAUAACAGUGUAAAUUUGCUGUCCCCUCAACAUAACUCAACACACAGCCAUUCAUGUCUAAACCGCUGGCAACAAAAGUGAGUACACCCCCUAAGUGAAAAUGUCCAAAUUGGGCCCAAUUAGCAAUUUUCUCUCCCCGGUGUCAUGUGACUCGUUAGUGUUACAAGGUCUCAGGUGUGACUGGGGAGCAGGUGUGUUUAAAUUUGGUGUCAUCGCUCUCACACUCCCUCAUACUGGUCACUGGAAGUUCAACAUGGCACCUCAUGGCAAAGAACUCUCUGAGGAUCUGAAAAAAAUAACAUACAUAAAGAUGGCCUGGGCUAUAAGAAGAUUGCCAAGACCCUGAAACUGAGCUGCAGCACGGUGGCCAAGACCAUACAGCGGUUUAACAGGACAGGUUCCACUCAGAACAGGCCUCGCCAUGGUCGACCAAAGAAGUUGAGUGCACGUGCUCAGCGUCAUAUCCAGAGGUUGUCUUUGGGAAAUAGACGUAUGAGUGGUGCAAGCAUUGCUGCAGAGGUUGAAGGGGUGGAGGGUCAGCCUGUCAGUGCUCAGACCAUACACCACACACUGCAUUACAUUGGUCUGCAUGGCUGUCAUCCCAGAAGGAAGCCUCUUCUAAAGAUGAUGCACAAGAAAGCCCGCAAACAGUUUGCUGAAGACAAGCAGACUAAGGACAUGGAUUACUGGAACCAUGUCCUGUGGUCUGAUGAGAUCAAGAUAAACAUAUUUGGUUCAGAUUUUGUCAAGCGUGUGUGGCGGCAACCAGGUGAGGAGUACAAAGACAAGUGUGUCUUGCCUACAGUCAAGCAUGGUGGUGGGAGUGUCAUGGUCUGGGGCUGCAUGAGUGCUGCCGGCACUGGGGAGCUACAGUUAAUUGAGGAAACCAUGAAUGCCAACAUGUACUGUGACAUACUGAAGCAGAGCAUGAUCCUCUCCCUUCGGAGACUGGGCCGCAGGGCAGUAUUCCAACAUGAUAACGACCCCAAACACACCUCUAAGACGACCACUGCCUUGCUAAAAAAGCUGAGGGUAAAGGUAAUGGACUGGCCAAGCAUGUCUCCAGACCUAAACCCUAUUGAGCAUCUGUGGGGCAUCCUCAAACGGGAGGUGGAGGAGUGCAAGGUCUCUAACGUCCACCAGCUCCGUGAUGUCGUCAGGGGACUCCAUGCCCAAGAGGAUUAAGGCAGUCAUGGACAAUGAUGGUGGCCACACAAAAUAUUGACACUUUGGGCCCAAUUUGGACAUUUUCACUUAGGGGUGUGCUCACUUUUGUUGCCAGUGGUUUAGAUAUUAAUGGCUGUGUGUUGUUAUUUUGAGGGGACAGCAAAUUUACACUGUUAUUCAAGCUGUACACUCACUACUUUACAUUGUAGCAAAGUGUCAUUUCUUCAGUGUUGUCACAUGAAAAGAUAUACUCAAAUAUUUACAAAAAUGUGAGGGGUAUACUCACUUUUGUGAGAUACUGUAUAUGUACAGUACCAGUCAAAAGUUUGGAUUCACCUACUCAUUCAAGGGUUUUUCUAUAUUUUUACUAUUUUCUACAUUGUAGAAUAACAUCAAAACUAUAACACAUAUGGAAUCAUGUAGUAACCAAAAAAGUGUUAAACAAAUCAAAAUAUAUUUUAUAUUUGAGAUUCUUCAAAUAGCCACCCUUUGCCUUGAUGACAGCUUUGCACACUCACUCUUGGCAUAUAAAUGUGGCAUCAAAAUGUUGAGAAUCUGAUUCCCCCCUAGCUGAUCAUUGUCUGCAAGCAGCUCAUGAAGUAAUGAAACAGGCAUGGAGAGUGAGCUCGUCUGUGGUGGUCGGCGAACCUUCUGGCCUGUAGCCCUGCGUGGCAUCGACUGGGCCACAAAAGAAUGCUGAAGUGGCAAAGUUGAUAUCCACGUUUAGAAACACAUGGUCCCUUAAUUCUAUGAGGUGGAGGGUGUUAAAUGUAUUUUACAGUACAAUGGGAGGGUCAUGUGAUGAUCUGUCCCUUAGAAUGCAGGACUUUAACUUGACUAGAGACUCGACCCGUUCUACUUGGGACUCAACUUGAGACUUGGACCUUGUGACUUGAGAAUUGCUUGUGACUCGAAUAAUUGUGACGUGGUCCCACCUCUGGUACCCACAGUCUGAAUUCCAUGUCCACUAGAUAGCAGUAGGAGAUCACAUAAUGUCUCUUUGUCACUUGAAACCAGUUGCGUCUGGUUUGGGUAGUGAGUCAUUGUGCUAAAAAAUGGCGGAACAGAUUUUCAAGGCUGACAUAAAAUUACCUUAGCAAUCAGGGCUUUCAAGUUAUGGAGUAAAAAAGUAAGACCCAGACAAGUGAGGAAACUUCUAACUUAUUUUCCUAUUGUAAACGUUGAGCUAGAUCAAUGGCACGUGGAGGAUGCAUAUAAGGUAAUGUGGAUGGAGAAGGAAAUGCAUUUCUUUACAACGACCAUCAGUAUGUGUACCCUUUCCAUGCAUACUAAAUGUUUGCAUUUUGUGACUUGACCUACAUUGCAUAUUCGAUGAAAAUGACCAUAGCGCAUGAUUUAUGGCUUUUAUGGAGGGGCGGUGGGUGGGAGAUUUCCAUAAAGACAAGGACUGUAGCUUUGAAAUGAUAUGUCACUUUCCAAAACAACCACUUAGAGUUUAACAGGCUCUUCACAAAAAAUCUCCAUAUUGUCUUGCUCACUGCUCUUCUUGAAAAAAGAAUGACCAUUCUGCACGUCACUACCCAUAAAUAUAUUGUACGUUCACUAACGUACUAGUGGUCAUUAACUUACCAUCUUAACAUAAAGUAAUAAUAUUAUACAUCAACUUAUCAUCAAGCAUGUGAGAAUCACAAUAAUAACCAAUCACACUGCCAGUCAUUAUUUAUGCCAUAGAGAUCAUAUACAAUGACUUAAUUAAUUAGUAUUUUAAAUCCUAAUUCUAUUAUUUAUACAGUAUGUUUUAUGACAUAACAUGAUGUAAGAGGUUGCCAUGCUAGCCACACCCUACAUUGUGUAGGCAACUCAGUAGCCUAAUUAUAGUCAAAUACUUUGAUCAUCAUAGCUGUCUCUGACUGCAUACAGCUAUAUUACAUGGACAUCCACAUAUUACUGUGUUGUGCAAAAUAGCCAGAAAUAAGGCUAUCAUCUGUUAAUACAGUACUAGGCUACUAACAAACACUAACAACAGUGCUUUCUUCACCAAUAACACUGAAUGAAACUAAAUGUAUGUAUACUGGCUGUAUAUGUAUAUUUUAAAUUGUUAACUCAUUUAAAUAAUAGUGAUGUGUGGGUUGUGACUACUUGUUAGGUGUUCAUGUCGGAGCCGAGGAAUCCCAGUCAAAAGCUGAAGGUGUGGUUUGGAGAAUACUGGAAUGUGUCUGACUUCCUAGCUAUCCUCCUCUUCCUGGUGGGGCUGGUGCUACGUUGGGACAGCGGGUUCUACCGGACUGCCGGGCGGAUUACCUACUGCCUGGACAUCAUCUUCUGGUAUGUUCGGGUGCUGGACCUGCUGGCGGUCAACCAGCAUGCCGGAGCCUACCUCACCAUGAUCACCAAGAUGGUGAGUAAAGACAUGUGCCUUUCCUUCCUUGGGCUAACACCUAGAGUGAGUCCGACAUGGCAUGCUAUGGGCCCUAGUCAAAAGUGAUGCACAUUUUGAUAAGUUGAUAUAGGUUUGUUAGUGUUGGGCUAGAACAAAAUUGCACACCGUUGUGUGCCCCCCUAGUGCUGGGGUAGAACACUGACUGACCAUACAGCACAUAUCUUAAUUUUACAAACAAAAUGAAGUCAUGUUUUUUGUUGUUGUUGAUGUGUUCUCUAACCCAUCUGCUCAGACCAGUAACAUGUUCUACAUUGUGGUGAUGAUGGCGAUCGUGCUGCUGAGUUUCGGCGUGUCCAGGAAAGCCAUCUUGUCUCCAGACGAAGCUCUAUCAUGGAGCCUGCUCAGAGAUGUGGUCAACCAGCCGUACUGGAUGAUUUUUGGAGAAGUGUACGCAGGGGAAAUAGACGGUGAGUAACCACUAACCAGUGACCAGUCACAGUAGUGGUUCACUUGGUUGGCGCUGCUUGCAACGCAAGAGUUGUGUAGGUAGACUCCUGCAUUGGCCACAUUCAAUGGGAAUAGGGUGUCAUUUGAGACAUCCCAUGUGUGUUUGUGACAGCCUGUGCAGGUGACACGCCGUGUGUCCCCGGGGCCUUCCUCACCCCGUUCCUCCAGGCUGUCUACCUCUUCUUCCAGUACAUCAUCAUGGUCAACAUCCUUAUUGCCUUCUUCAAGUAGGGACUCUCAACUCUCCAUCCAAAAUAUAAAUUGUCUUUUGACUCUGUGUGUCUGAUUGUGUCUUUAUGUUUUAUGCUUUCUGUACAAAUGGGGUUUUGCAGCUUCUCUGAGUGCUGUACUGUUUCUUAUGGAUCCUUUUUGACAGCAAUGUCUACAUUGACAUGAAGUCCAUAUCCAAUAAGCUGUGGAAGUACAACCGCUACCGCUACAUUAUGACCUAUCAGGAGAAGCCGUGGUUGCCCCCGCCCCUCAUUAUCCUGAGUCACAUGAACCUGUGUGUGAACGCCAUUUACCGGAAACACAGAGGCUCGUCCGAGCAGGAGAGGGACUCCUGUGGGCUUAGUGAGUGUGUGUGUGUGUGUGUGUGUGUGUGUGUGUGUGUGUGUGUGUGUGCGCGCACAUUAAAAGUCUGAUAUAGCCUUAGCCUACUACACUGUUUUCUAUGACAUUAUUGAUUCACAGCAUUUCCACACGGUAGAUAAAUGCUACAGUAGAUUGUGUGUUGGAAAAAUGGGCUUGUUUGUAAUCUCUCUCUCCCUCUGUCAGAGCUUUAUCUGGGCCAAGAGGACCUGAAGAGGCUGCAUGAGUUUGAGGAGAGGUGUUUGGUGUCGUAUUUCCAUGAGAAAAACCAAGAUGUUCUCUGCAGCCAGAUCAACAUGGUCCGAGCCACUGCAGAAAGGUGAGACUGGUACUUAGAAAGAGUGUCAUCUUUCUCUCAAUAGCCAUUGAGACUUUCUCUUUGUGAUUCCCCUGAAUGUAUGUCUAUGUUCUUGACCUGACAGGGCUGAGGAGAUGGUUGUGGUUAUGGGAGAGGUGUCGGACAGGGUCCACUUCAUCCAGGACACCCUGCAGGUGCUGGACAGCCAGCUGGGUCAGCUGCAGGACCUGUCCGCCCUGGCCGUGGACACCCUCACCCUCCUGUCGGCCUCCGACAGCCUGCAGCAGGAGGAGGCCCGCCUGGGCCGCUGUCGGCCAAUCACCCCCUCCCAUCACCAUGUCCCCCACAGCUGGACCCUCCCCCACGGAGGUGGAGGCAGUGUUGACAUCAUGCCCUGCCACACCCCCAGGGCCUACCGCAGCACCCCACCCUCCCUGCUGUGGGGCCACACCUCCUCCCGCAGCCAACGCCCGUCACUGGAGUGGCACACGGGGGCCUGGGGGGGCGGCAACCAUGGAGGGCGGGGGGCUGGCGAGACUGAGGAUGAGGAGGUACAUGGUGUCACGGUGCAUCACAGUGGCGAAGUCUGGCCAGUGGGUUACCGCUUCGCCCCCCAUGGCUUCCUCCCUCACCUGGGCGGUGCAGGGCUCAGGGACAGGACCCCCUGUGAGUCGUGCGUGCCUUCCCGCUGUGGCUCUCCCCCGUACCCUUCGGCCUGGGCUAUAGACAGUUCUCUGGAACCCCCACACGGCAAACCCAGGGUCUGCUGCGACCCUGAGAUGUCCAUGGAAGAGGAACGGGAGGAGGUUGGGCAGCCCUUUGAUGUGAAUGUGUCCAGGACCUCUAGUCAUGCCUUUCUGUUGUCGGACCCACAGGAUGAGAAAGGCUGUGGUUCCAGGGGUUUGGUGAACCCCGCCUUCUGUAAGGACGAUGACCCUGGGGCAGCUCGCUCCAGACGGGGCCAGUGGGGCAGGAAGCGUCCUCACCGGUGGGUGGGUCUGUCCAGGGACCGGCCCUACAGUCACAGCCGCUCUCUCUCCUCUAGCAUGGAGAACAUGGCUCUCUCUGGUGUCCCCCUGAGCCCGCUACGAGCCUCCUUCCCCGCCCUCGAUUGCCUGUCAGAGGGGGGAAGCUUCACAGCUGACAGACCCCUUGGCUGCAGUAAAAGCAGAGGUACUGUACCACCCUCUUAUGCAAUGUACCCUCAAAAAUGUUUCGGCACUGAGCAAAUUUCAUGUCUGCUUAGCGCAAACUUGAACAUUGUGAAAACAACACUGCCCCUUUAAGACAAAAAAAACCCCUCUUUACCUGACUUGCUUUUCAAAGAUGUCUAGAAAUGUACACGUUUUGUGCUCUUGUAGGAGGCAAUCCCUCCCCCAUUGCUGACUACGAAUGAUCUAUAACAGGACUAAUAACUCACUAACUAGCAAAGGAUAUGAACAAAUGUGCACACGUGGCUACAUGAAGCUCUCGCUUUGAUCUCAAAACAAGCAACCUACUCACGACCGCUCGUGCUGUAAACACAGUCCAGUUCAAAGUGACUGGCACAAAUCCAUAUAUGGCAAUGGUCCAAUUGCAUGUAUUUGCAUAUAGUCCUGCUGCAGCUCUGAUUGGUUAUACCGCACCGGUCUGUGUAGAGUGUAUAGUACGGGCUGAGUCAUGCGCGUCAAUGCAAUAGAAUCUUACUCCAAUGCGUUCUGCCGACGACAAAAUCUCUUGCAUAGUUAGUUUUGCAUACUAAGCCUUGCAUAGUUCGUUUUGUUUCGCUAUGUUGCAUUGAAAGUGGCUAAUAUUGCGUUGAUUCGAUCACAAUUCCCACAGUAAAGGGAAACAUUGAUAGUGUUAACUAAGGGGGAAAGGAGGCGCCGUUGACAUUUUGCCCUGCCACAUCCCCAGGGCCUACCGCAGCACCCCACCCUACCUGCUGUGGGGCCACACCUCCUCCUGCAGCCAACGCCGUCACUGGAGUGGGAAAACAUUGAUAGUGUUAACUAAGGGGGAAAACUCUAGAAAGUUGAGUGAAGUUCAAUCUCGUGCUUCUCUGCGUGGGCUGAUAUUUCUAAUGCGCGGCCGUCCCGAGGCGCAGUUUAUAGGGAACAUUGCUCUUAUGCUUGGUUAACAUUAGCAACAACAUACAUACAAGGAUCAGUUACCUUUUUUUUCCUCACAUUUGUAUUAUAUACCAUAUAUCCAUGUACGAGUACAAAUACCUAAAAGGUAAAACAUUCCAUGACACUAAUCAGUUUCCCAAUGUAUCUCUAGUGAUUCUACCUGUCCUGGUUGUGUUUUGCAGAGUGGUCCGAAUGGUUUGACCUGGCAGUGACCUCAGGGAGCAGAGAGAGGUGUCAGGGCAGGAAGACAGUCAAGAUCCUGGAGGAGAGUUCUUCAGACACUGUAAGACAGACAGACAGUAGACAAACAGACUGACAGUAGACAGACAGACAGACGUCUGAACACUGAAUCUGUUCAAACAAUAUCUGCCAUUUACUACUAGGUCCUGCAUGGUGCCACAGUCUAACAGAGCCGUAGCUAUUUACAACAGUACACGUAAAGCUGUGUAUAGUCUGUGUAUAUCGAUUGAUUUGAGAUUACCCUUCAUUGACCUCUCUGCUCUCAGGUGAAAGAGGUGGACUCAUACCUCUCUGACGUGUGCAGGAAGAGGAGGCGCAGGGGAGGAGAGCCUGUGUGCUGGUCUGCCUCUGCCAGCCUAAACCCGCUCAGUAUGUACCCAUAGAGACAGAAAGAGGGCACACCUCCUAUCUUUGCCAUUGAUCACUUCUGGUUCACCAUCUCACCUAGUGCCAAUAUUGUUUCAGAUUCUGAACCCAUGGAUUCGUUGCAGAAAGUAUCUUUUUCACGUCAG